AAUUGUGUGGUGCAGUUCUUCUUGCUGACCUGUGGGCUGCGAUUCUUCCUCACAUCCCGUUUGGUCGAAUAGAGACGUUUUUCUGGACUGAUUCCACCAUUGUGUUGGCAUGGUUGAACAAGCCACCAUGUCAAUGGACCACCUUCGUAGCGAAUCGAGUGACUAAGAUUGCUCUAAAUACAGAUGCCAGUCAAUGGUCACAUGUGCGUUCCGAGCACAAUCCAGCAGAUCUAGCCAGUCGUGGUGUCACGGCUGAAGAGCUGGCAAGUAGUGACCUCUGGUGGCAUGGCCCGUCGUGGCUGAGUCAGCCGCAAGUCGCCUGGCCCACGUCGCACGAAGAGGUAUCGGACCCUGAACUCGAAAGACGAUCCGUCCGGUGCCAUUUAGCGUGUCCAGCAUGGGAUCUCCUAGAGCGUUUUUCAAACUUCAAUCGCAUGCUGCGAGUCAUGGCUUUUGUGCAGCGGUUCAUCAACCGCUGCAGAUGCAUUCCUACGCCUUCUUCUACAGACUUAAGCAGUAAAGAACUCGCCCAUAUACAACUCAUGCUUAUUAGGCAAACUCAACGGGCCGACUAUCCAGAGGAAUACAACAUCCUGCAAUCCAAAGGACAGCUUCCCUCGUCCAGUUGUAUCCUCAACCUUAAUCCGUUCCUGGAUGCUGACGGCAUCAUGAGGUCAUGCGGUCGUUUGACUGCAUCUGACUCGUUAUCCUACGACGAACGUCAUCCUAUCCUUUUGGCGUACCAUUCCAAACUAGCAGAGCUUCUGGUCACAUUUACUCACCGUAUCUCCAUACACGGGGGAAACCAGCUUAUGGUUCGUCUCAUCCGGACGAGAUACUGGAUUCCGAAGCUGCGGAACCUGAUCAAACGUGUGACCACGACCUGCAAGGUGUGUGUCAUUCACCGGAAGAAGGUGCAGUCCCAGCUAAUGGGUAAACUACCUCAGUCCAGAGCGACCUAUUCGCGACCCUUUACACACACAGGACUCGACUUCGCGGGACCGUUUGAUGUCAAGAGCUAUUCAGGUCGGGCCUGUCGAAUCACGAAGGGCUAUGUCUGCGUCUUCGUGUGCUUCAGUACGAAGGCCAUCCAUUUGGAAGCCACUUCGGACUUGACCACGGAGAAAUUCCUCGGAGCCUUCUCAAGGUUCGCGGCCAGAAGAGGGUGCCCUCUCCAUCUUUACUCGGACAACGGAAAGACUUUUGUGGGCGCGGAGAAGGCCCUCACAGAAGAUUUCAUCGCUGCGGUUAAGGAAAAGGUUACCUCGUCAUUUAGUCACCAGAGCCUAUCCUGGCAUUUCAACCCUCCAGGCGCCCCCCAUAUGGGAGGCCUGUGGGAAGCAGGAGUCAAGAGCUUCAAGACUCACUUCUACAAGACGACAGCGAUGUCAGAAGAUCCGUCGGAUAUCCUCGCUCUCACUCCGGGACAUUUUCUGAUAGGCGGACCGCUACUUGUCCCCGCCGAACCUCCCACCGCCGGCGAAGCCAGUUCUAUCCUGAACCGAUGGCAGCGACUCAAAGCCCUUGGCCAGCUUUUCGCAUCGAGAUGGAAAGCUGAAUACCUGAAAGAGUUCCAUAAGAGGACCAAGUGGCAAAUUCCAACCAGGAAUAUGUCCGAAGGCGACAUGUCGUUCUUUUCUCUCAGCUUCUCUCAUCUCUUUGCGCCAGCCAUGCCGUCCCAUCGCAACCAACGUCGCCAGCUCAUCGACAGAUGUUCUCGAGGAACUCGAUCGUUCCGAUGCCGAGUCUGUCAGGGGAUUCAUCCGCUUCGGACGUGUUCGCGGUUUCUCCGGCUGGAUGCAGAGCGGCGGCUCCGUGCGGUCCUCAUCAACAAAUAUUGCCCGAAUUGCUUGGCGCACCAGCAUUCCGGAGGCUCGUGCCGAAGUGAGUGUCGCUGCGGAGUAUGGGGGGCCGCCCACCCCCCCCUGCUGCAUCCCCAGCGGGGGAAAAAGCGAGGGCGGUCUGCCAGCGCGGACGGCCCCAUCGAGACGCCAGAGCCGAAGGCCAACAUCGAGCACCCCCGCCUCUCGGCAGUGCUCUCCCACACUGCAACGGCUAUCCUGCCCACCGUCAAUCUGCGGUUCGACAUCGGGGUCAAACGCUUCGAUGUGCGGGCUAUGGUAGAUGCGUGCUCUACUUUGAGCCGCAUCGACGGAUCACUAGCCGAGGCCAUGGCCCUCCCUAUCCUGGGAGUCGGUGAUGAGAGGGUGUGCAGAGCCACUCUCAUACCGAUGCAUACAGAGACGCCACGGAUUGAGGUGGUGUUCCACGUCGAGGAGCAGCUGCGAAUGCGGACUCCUGCCCGAGAGCUGCCUGACGCUGCCAAAACCGUGUUCACCAACCUCAUCCUGGCGGACCCCAGUUUCCACAGGCCGGCUGGUACCUCCGUCGUGCUAGGUGCGGAUGUGUUUCCCACGCUUAUCCAACCGGGUGUCAUGCACAGCCAGAACGGGCACAUCGUGGCACAGAGCACUGUUUUAGGAUGGAUGCUCUCCGGAACAUACGCCCACUGA